CUGAUCGAAUGUUUGGAUGCAAUUUGGGAGCAUUUCGUUCGAAUUUUCAUCAUAGAUUAGCACAAAAAUGGACUCAAAUCCAUUGGAACCCCAGGACUUGAGUAACACUGCUGCACAAUCAAACUUGGACGACGGCGAAGAGUCAUCUCCGUUGGAAGUUGGAAUCCCUGUAAUCCCAUCUGGCGAUGGACCACCGGAUUUAGCGUUCCUCGGCAAUGGCGCUGGGCCACCGGAGAUGAUCCAACGGGAGUGGAAGGAGAUCACGAAGGAAUUUUUCGGCUGCGUCAAGGAGCUCAAACUGGGCGAGCUGAUCCAUGACAACAUGUUCGGGUUGUUCGAUGCCAUGUCAGCGAUCGAGAUGAUGGACCCGAAGAUGGAUGCUGGAAUGUGCUGCAACAAGGAGGCGACUCCGUUGAAUUUCCAGACUGCUGUUGAGGAAGGUAAAAUGAAGCUUGCUAAUCUGGAGAGCCGGGAAUUGAUCGGGAUUAUCGAUGCGACGUAUUCCUGUAUGGUGUCGUGGUUGGAGGGACACUCGAUGGCACAAACGGUGCUAACCUGUCUGUACCUACAUCAGCCGGAUAAGAUUGAGGAUAAGGGAAUGAAGGCUUUUGCUGUUGCAAUCUACAAGCUGAUCAACUUGAUUCGGAACUUUAUUCUGCGGGCGAGGGUCUACGAGGAAGAGGAUUUCCAGCCCAGUAACUACGGGUACGAUAUGUAUAGGGAAGUGACGGAGACGAAGGCGUGCAAUAUGCUGAAGAGUGCGGAGGAGGAUUGGCUGAAGAAGGCCAAAGAUGUCGACGGUGAAAAGGAGAAAGAGGAGAUCAAUGCUUUGGUUAGCCGGUUGAAAUUCACCAGGCUGUUCCUGCAGUGUCUGGUGGCACUGUAUCCUACCAAGCAAAAUACUUCCUGGCAUGUGGGCAAUACGACUGCAAGUGCGGUAACUAAUGUGUCUCCCACAAAAACGGAGAUGAUCGACAUCGUGAAGACGUUGAAUGGAGCACUCGAGCUGACGCAAGUGAUGGAGAAGACAAUUGAGUUCGGAACGCAACCCGCGUCGAGCACCGACAAUCCGAAUCCAAUGGGAUUCUCGAUGAUGGUCAAUCAGAGAUUAUUGCCUCCGACGUUUCCACGAUACACAAAAAUCAAGGAACGGUCGACCUGUAUUCAGUAUCUGGCUGAAUUGAUUCAGCGGUUGAAGCAUGCAUGUAAAAUCGUUCACUGCACCAACUAUCAUAGUGCUUUGAAUUUCUUUAUGGACUUCAGCAAAAAGUUCGGCCCUUGUCUGCUGUCGAGAAGUAUUUUGCAGACCCUGUAUCUACCGUCACACGAUACGGUAUUCGGAACCAAAAAACUAACCGAAGUUUUGAAGGAAUCAGCCAAGGCCUUCAUUGCUCCUCCCGUGUUGCUUGCGGACAAUCCCCUUGCCUCCAAUCCUGCUGCAAUCAACUGCGUUGAUUCGUUCUUCGCGUACAACGAAAAUACGUUUAGCGUGCUGUUCGAGAUUUGCGGUUACAAUCGGGCCCGGCAGCGAGACAAGCUCGGCAUCAUGUUGUCCAACUUUGCGAAUCUUCAGGACGAAGCCGAGCGGGUGGACGCCUAUCUACAUUCGUUGUCGAUGAAGCAUGAAAAUCCUCGUCAGCAUCUGGCGUGCUUCGGAACGUGGGUCCUGUACCACUGCCUGCGGGCAAUGUCCUUCUUCCUGCUGUCCGGUUUGGAGUUGGAAUUGUAUUCGGUACACGAAUAUUUGUACAUAUUCUGGUAUCUGUAUCAGUUCCUGUUCGGCUGGAUAGUGUCAGCUUUGACGCGAGCGGAUACAUUCCUGGUGGAACAGGACUACGUUUUGGAUCCGAAGGGAGCCAAAGGCAAUCAAAAGAAGCCAAAGGUUAAGAAACGAAAAGGCAAAACGGACGGGAAGGAAAUCAUCUUCAAUCAGGCGAUGCAAAACAUGUGCGGAGGGUACUACAAGGCCCUGGGGGGUUUCAUCGGCGAGGAUCGCAUUCCGGAACCACUGCCAAUGUUCGACAACGAGAAGGUUCGCUUCGAGCAUCGUUUCGCACCGUUUGCCACGCUGUCCACCCCGCCGCCGAUGGCCUAUUCGGAUUUCAAACUGAUGAAAACCUACUUGCUCAAGUCGCCGGCGGAGGAACUGUACGCUGCCGCUGCCAAGCACUUCCAUGAGGCUCGCGUCCUGCUCGAGUCCUAUCCGAAUCCGGAUGAGGAGUGGCACGAAAUCGUCAAGGUGGCCAAGAUGAACUUUGUCAUGAUGAACCUGCUGGCCAGUGGACUGAAUCGGCAGUCCAAGACGCCACCGGAAUUUGACUUUUCCUGUCAUCGGUUUUUCCCCAUCAUCAAGCAGCGCAAGUGAGCAGACAGAGGGCUCUGUCUUCGUGUCCUGUGUUCGUUCAAUCAUGUAACCAUCAAUUUAAUUGUGUAGGUACUAUUGUGUCAGUGUGUGGAGUCAGUCUAGAAAACGUACGUAUGCUGUCCGGUAUUAAAGAGGGCAUAGUAAAAUAUCAAAU